CACAGUAUCUGAUGUGACUCAUCAUGUUUCGUCAUUCAGAUUGAUGACAAUUGUGGAGAGUAAUCGUCGAAUUUAACCUUGUAUAACAAUGGCUGAAGGUAGCGAGGGCAGCAAAACCAUCAGCCUGACGGUAAAGACCGCCAAGGACAAGCAGACGGUGGAGAUCUUGGGAGAUGCGACGGUAAAAGAGUUACGUGAAGUGGUCAGUGAAAAGUUUAAUGCAGCCCUGGAGCAAGUCUGCCUUAUAUUUGCCGGUAAAAUAUUGAAAGAUGGUGAAAAACUGGAUCAGCACAAUAUUAAAGAUGGUCUGACGGUACAUUUAGUAAUCAAGGGCGGUGGAAGUGCAGGGACGCAGCAGCCUAACAAUCGCCCUUCGACUACUGCUACUAAUAACUCGAGCUCGUCGACCACAACUCCAAAUACAGCAUCAAAUAAUCAGGCCAAUGCAGCUAACCCAUUUGCUGGAUUGAGUGGAUUAGGUGGACUUGGUAUUGGAGGUCUAAGUGGAUUGGGAAGCAUGGGGAUGGGUAACCCAAAUUUUCAAGAGUUGCAACAGCGUAUGCAAAGGGAAAUGCUCGGUAACCCAGAGAUGAUGAGACAGAUAAUGGAUAAUCCAUUCGUCCAGCAGUUGAUGAAUAACCCCGAAUAUAUGCGUGCCAUCAUUACAUCCAACCCACAGAUGCAACAGCUGAUGGAGCGCAACCCUGAAAUUUCCCACAUGCUUAACAACCCAGAGAUGCUGAGACAGACAAUGGAAUUAGCACGAAAUCCUGCCAUGUUGCAAGAAUUGAUGAGGUCUCAUGAUAGAGCGCUCUCUAACCUUGAAUCAAUUCCAGGUGGAUAUAGUGCCCUUCAGAGAAUGUACAGAGAUAUUCAGGAACCCAUGCUGAAUGCAGCACAAGAGCAGUUUGGUCCAAAUCCAUUUGCUUCUCUUGUAGGCAACAGUGCUGCUAUUGAUGCUGCCCAAGCUGGUCAUGAGAACAGUGACCCUCUACCAAACCCCUGGGCACCACGUGGUUCAACACCUGGUGCCCCGACCACAUCCGCACCUUCGUCAAGCACAAGCACCUCCAACACGAGCUCGACUCCAAAUACUACCUCUGCCUCAUCCACUUCAGCUACCCCAGGCUUGGGUGGACUUGGGUUGUCAGGGAUGUUGCAAAGUCCUGGAAUGCAGUCGCUGAUGCAACAGAUGAUGGAAAAUCCACAGCUUAUGUCUUCUAUGAUUAAUGCUCCAUAUACGCAGACCAUGUUUCAGAGUCUGUCAGCCAACCCAGAAUUAGCUCAACAAAUUAUUGGCUCAAAUCCAUUAUUUGCUGGCAACCAAGUUCUCCAGGAGCAGAUGCGAACUAUGCUGCCUACUUUCCUUAAUCAAAUGCAAAAUCCGGAAGUUCAGAGCUUUAUGACCAAUCCACAAGCCUUGUCUGCAGUUGCUCAGAUACAAAGUGGCUUAGAGCAACUGAGACAAACCUCUCCGGGCCUCUUCAAUACUAUGGGAUUAAGUGUGCCACCAGUCAUCCCAUCAGCAGGUGGCACAGGCCAGUCAACAACCACCUCCUCUACCAGUAACCCAACCACUACCACCACCUCGUCAACUACAGGCAGCACAUCCACUACGUCGACACCAAUUGUUCUACCAGGACUUGUUCCUGGUACUGAUGCUUUUGCAAACCUAAUGUCUACUAUGUCGCAGGCUCUAACUGGUGGUGGCGGCGGGGGUGGUGGUGGAAGUAAUGUCGGGAACCCAGAGCAACAGUAUGCGUCACAGCUGGAACAACUAUCUGCAAUGGGUUUCAUUAAUCGUGAGGCAAAUCUACAAGCACUUAUUGCCACUUUUGGUGAUGUCAACGCUGCAGUGGAGAGGCUGCUGGCCCGGCUAGAUCCCCAAAGCUAAGACCACGCCAGUCGUAUAUAGUAGCCCCAGAAGAUUCCUGUUCCUGUAUUACUUUUGUCUGUAUGGGGUAUCUGUAAUUGACCAUGUUGACCCUGUUAUAUAUUUUUUUCUCUCAUUUUGUAUUGAUGGAAUGCAUGUCACUUUCUGUAUCUGAUGAGAAAGUUUUUCAUUUUUAUUUAGUUUGCAUAUUAGUAAUCAUUGAUUAGACAGUCAUGUCGACGAGUGUGUGUGCAUCAUUCUUGUGUGGUGCAUUGUCAGUUGUUCAUAUCUGUAGCGUGAGAAGGCCAUAUGUCAUAUCUUAGGAAUUACUGUGUAUAUAUAUAUAUAUAUAUAUAUAUAUAUAUAUA